AUGAUCUCGUCAAAUACCAGAACUACACGAUCUCGUUACUCUAGUCCCGCGCAAUCACAGAAUACCAAAUGGAACGGAGUACUCGACGCGUCUAAAGGGGCAACAGAGGGUUCAAGAGCUUUCAUGCAGCGCUGGCUAGAGCCGACCGUGCAGAGCAAAGCGAGCUUCGAGGAUGAUGGGUUGGUUCGAUAUGGGGUUGUUGAGAACAUGGCGCCCCUGGGAAGUCUGCCCAAACCCAAGAAGACGGGACCGGAGACCAACUCAGGAGUAAAGAGGAUUAUAUUGCGGCCCUCAGGGGGGGGUGCUGCCAAAAAUGUAGCGCAGAUGGGCUCCAGCGACCCAGUGGUGGAUGUCGUGGAUGUGGACGGGGAUGCGGAUGCAGAUGCGGAGGCGGAUGUUGCGAUUACGGCGAGAGCGGCAGACUCUUCCCCUCCACCUGUGGCUCUACCCCCUACACCGCCACGGAGAGUAUCUAUUGUUCUCAAGGACGCAGCAGCAGCUGCCGACGAUGAGAACGACGAAGACUACGAUCCGAGUCGACCAAAGAGACGACAAUCGGGGCGCACAUCUCUAGGAAGACGGUCGCGACGCUCCUCUGCCGGUCGCAGAAGCUCCAUCGUGACUAAGCCCACAGCAAAGGAGGCAAAGGAGGCAAAGGAGCGCAGAGAGUCGGAGAGGGAGCCGAAGAAGACUGCAAAGUCGGCGGAACGAGCCAAGUCAUUCAAGGAGCUCGAGGAGGAUGAGGAGCUGGAGGUAGCAGGGGCAAUCACAGCAGAGGCGACGAUUCACGCAGCUGAACCUGUAGAACCUGAAGACAAAGAAUUCACGGACAAGGUCAUCGAGGCUGCAGUGGACGAGGCCCUAAAGCACUAUCGAUAUCCGACUGCGUGGGCUCUGCGGACCCUCUACGACGAAAAGUCAAGCGACCCGCGGUUCGUUGCCAUGAUCGAGGAGGUUUUCACGCAAACGGCAGAUGAGGCUACGAUGCAAAGGUUUUCCAGAGAGAUGCAGAAGAAGAAGCGAGAGGGCAAGAAGGACAACCAAGGCUGCUACUAUUUCAUCCCUCCAACAACCAACAGCAGAUUCACUCCUCACAAACCCAAGGCCGCGCCGUACGGCAAACUCCUGCAUCACAAUCAGGUGGAAGAGGUGGUCGAGGUUGUAGAGGUCGAGACUGAAGACGAGUCAGAGGUGCAUAUUCUCGACACGGAGGAAGCAGAGCAAGUGAAAAACGCUCAUCGACAUCCAGCUCGAGCUACCAAGAGGGCAAAGACAUCGCACUCUCGCGCUCACUCUUCUUCCCAUCACAGCAACACCCAUCCCCAUACUCAGACUCACGCCCACGCCCACGCCCACGCCCACGCCCACUCUCACUCGACCCGCAACACGCCACGGAAAAUGUCUUCAAGUAACCUACCACAAACACCCUCGCGCAAGCGAAACAGACGAGACUCAGCAUCUAGUGAUUCCUCUCUCUCAUCGGCCCUCAGUCUCUCGUCGCCUGAGGCCAUAAUGGGGAGCCCAAGCCCUGUCCGUAGAACAGGCACGGGCACCAGUCGCCCUGGGCCAGCUGGGCCCGACUCCAGUGAUGCGCCAAAAUCUCGGCCAAUCACCACCCGCCGCAAAUCACUCGCCUCCAAGGGAGGUGCCAGCCGCAAGGCCAAGCCCAAGACCACCAAGCCUGCUGCUACUAAGCAGCCAUCACCCUCAGCUCUCACACUGUCCACCCCAGACAUCACCAAGGGUAUCAAACUCAAACCCACUGAUGCACCCGCAAGUGCGACCAUCAGCGUGAGCGCCGACGCCAGUAUGCCAGGAAGGGUUUCUGCCGGCCAAAUCUUCCCAAACCUGCCUACAAAAUCAAAGAUAGCAAAGAACAAGGGAUCAUCAUCUGCCCUGACUCCAGCUCCAUUCUCGGCUGAUGACGCUGGCCAUGAUAACGACGACUCCUUCUGGGAUCGGAGACGCGAUGCGCAAAAGUUUGCCAACAGUGUCACGGCGACUGAGAGUUCUAUCCGAGGGGGAGACGAGGACGAGGACCCCUUCACAACCCCCGCAAAAUCGACGAGGAAGACGCGUCAAUCCAUCGCCGCUGCAGGCUCUGCUUCAGCGGGAACGACGAGAUCCACACGCUCGGCGAGCAAGAGACCUCACGACGAGAUUGACUCUGCCGUGUCCCCUGUUGCGUGGUCUUUCCAGCGUGAGGACAGCUCAGUCGGAGGAUCACGGGCUGCGACGCCCACGCUACGCCCCCCAAAGAAGCCGAGAACUGGUCUUCGUAUCAAGUCAUCCCCUGUCAAGAAGAGAGGAGGAACAGCUGCUGGCGUGCCCCGGCUACAAGGAGAAGCCCUAGCAACCAACGGCGUAGCCAAAGAUCAGGUGUCGGACAACGACGAAGAUUGCUCUGCCUGCGGCGCCGCUGGCGACGUUGUCUGCUGCGAUGGAUGCCCACGGUCAUUCCACUUUGAAUGUGUGGGCAUGAUACCCUCGGACCAUCUUCCCGACGAGUGGUUUUGCAAUGAGUGCCUUUACAAGCGAUACCCAUCGCGGAUGCCCCCGUACAAGGGUGUGUUUGCUGCUGCCCUCGUCAACCUGGAGAAGAGCAUUCCUCGCGCAUUCAGCCUCCCCAAGAAAUUGCAGACCCGCUUUGAAGGCGUCAAGGCCGGUGCCUAUGGCGAGUACGAAGAAGUCACCACCGCCAAAACGACCAAGAGGAAGAAUGGCUACGAAGAGUUGCCCGACUUUUUCAAGCAGCGCGAUGAAGGACAGGCUGUGAUCUGCCACGGCUGUCAGAAGCCUGCCACAGAUGUUCGAGCCAUCAUUCCUUGUAGCAUUUGUCCCUUCUACUGGCACAUUGACUGCCUAGACCCUCCACUCGCUGUCCCGCCUGUCCUCAAGACCUGGCGAUGCCCUCUACAUCCAGAGGAAAUAAUGGCAGAGGUCCGCUCAUUGGCACCUGCUCACCGUUUUCGCAAGAUCAAAGGAUCGCAGACCAUCGUACCAUCUCUCACACGAGGUACCAAGAACAACGGGUACAUUGAAAUCGACUGGGAAGAUGAGCCCGAACCCGCCAACAACUCUGGCUGGCCAGAUCCUGACUCGUUCGGUCGAGCUUACAAACUACCAGCAAAGGGGAUCGUCCUUGAUUUUAUCGAGCAGCUACGUCGUCAACAUGCUGGCUAUGGCCCUCGUCAUGAAGAAUCCAGAUGUGUGUCGUAUAUUCCAACAACUGGAAACGGCCGAAGUCGACCUCUUGCCGGCUCUGAGUUACAGCGGACUGUCAAUGAAAUGCAGUUAGCAUUGACCCUGACCACUCUCAAAGAGCGCAAGUCGGACGGUGUUGACCAACUGAUCACGGCUCUGGUAGACACAGCUGAUGCCGGUGUUUUGUCACUCAUGGCUAAGGCAGAUGCCAGUAAUUUAUCUACUGGUCAUUUGACCGAGAGCGACAAGCUUAGUCUGCGUGUCCUUCUAAAUCAGAUGGAUUCCAUGGGGGCUCGCAUUAGACAUCUGCUUGGCGAGCCAGAGCCUGUGAAUAUUUCCGCCACCAUGCAAGACCAGGAUGUCAUACCGAGCAUCCUUUCCCCUCAAGACUCAGCCAUUGCUGAGCCACUCGACAAGGUUAUGACACAUCCUGUCACGGAGCCCACGCCCCCUUCUACCAUUGACCACGCUGAAGGCUCUAUGGAUCUCGACUGA